AUGGCCGCUCAAUCCAAAGUCUCCCUCAUCGGCCUUCCCGGCGACCGUACAAUCCGGAACCUCGUCCUCCAGCUCACCCAGCUUUACCUCGCGAAUCGAACGCGCAUCUCUCGCGCCGUAUGGAUAACUCUUUUUGUAGCCCUCGCCAACCGUAUCCGUCAUGCCAUCUCAGAACAAAAGGCCGCUUCAGUGAGGGAGGCUGCUGCCCGCGAGUCGCGCGCCACGCUGGCCGCCGUGUCCGAUGAGGACGUGACCAAGAAGCGGAAAAAGGUCGAGCUGAACCGCGAGUUCUUCAGAUCGCUUAUGCGCCUGCUGCGCAUCGUUAUACCCGGUUGGAGGAGUAAAGAGGCCCGGCUGCUCAUCAGCCAUUCGUUCUUCCUGGUUGUCCGCACAUUGAUCAGUCUCAAGGUUGCGGCUAUGGACGGCGCAAUCGUGAAGAGCUUGGUCAAGGGCAACGGAAGGGAGUUUUUGAUGCGCAUUCUGUGGUGGAUGUUAAUUGCCAUCCCGGCAACUUUCACAAACUCGAUGUUGUCUUACCAUCAAGCAGAGUUGUCGUUGAAGUACCGGACACGGCUGACACAGCACAUCCACGACAAGUACCUUUCCAAGCUUACCUUCUAUGGUAUAUCUGCCCUUGAUGACAGGAUAAACAAUCCUGACCAGCUGAUUGCUGUCGAUGUCGCCAAGUUCUCCAACAGCUUGGCCGAGCUGUACAGCAACCUGGCCAAGCCCAUCCUGGACAUGACCAUCUACACACAUUCACUUUCCCGCAGCGUCGGAGGCGAGGGUGUCGUCUCCAUGGCCCUCCUCGUCCAACUUUCCGCCAACGUCAUGCGCGCGCUGACUCCUCCCUUCGGUAAAUACGUCGCCGACGAGGCGCGUCUCGAGGGUGAGUUCCGCUUCCAGCACUCCCGCCUGAUCGACCACUCCGAAGAAGUCGCUCUUUACCACGGCCACGAGGCCGAAAAGGACACUCUUGACAAGGGCUACUUCACCCUCAUCAAGCACGUCAACUAUAUCCUCCGACGCCGCUUCUACCACGGCUUCAUGGAGGACUUUGUCAUCAAGUACUUCUGGGGCGCUCUCGGUCUGCUUCUCUGUUCCGUGCCCGUCUUUGUCAAGAUGCCCGGCCACAUCUCUAUGAACAUGGGCGAUCGCACCGAAAGCUUCGUCACGAACCGACGUAUGCUGCUUUCAGCCUCCGACGCCUUCGGCCGCAUCAUGUUCUCGUACCGUGAGAUCAUGGAGUUGGCAGGCUACACCUCGCGUGUCGACACCCUGCUUGAGGUCAUGAACGACAUUCGCGCCGGCCGCUUCGAGAAGAAGCUGGUUUCGAGCUCGGGCACCGAUGAUAACGAGGCCAUUCUCAAGGGUCGCGGCACUGUCGUCGAGAGCAAGGAUAUUGAGUUCAUCAACGUGCCCAUCAUCUCCCCUAACGGUGAUGUCCUCGUUAAAGCUCUCUCCUUCUCCCUCAAGCAAGGCGACCAUCUCCUGGUCUUCGGCCCCAACGGCUGCGGCAAGUCAUCACUCUUCCGCAUUCUCGGCGGCCUCUGGCCCGUCUACGGCGGCACCGUCCACAAACCCCCCUUCUCCGACAUCUUCUACAUCCCACAACGUCCUUACCUCUCCCGCGGCUCCCUCCGCCAGCAAAUCAUCUAUCCAGACUCGCUUCGCCAAAUGCGCGCCAAGAGCGUGACGGACGCCGAUCUCCUCUCCAUCCUUUCCAUCCUCGGACUCGAGCACCUCCCCGAGCUCUACGACACCGGCUGGGACGCAGAGGCCGAGUGGCGCGAUGUCCUGUCCGGCGGCCUGCAGCAGCGCGUCGCCAUGGCCCGCCUCUUUUACCAUCGCCCCCGUUACGCUAUCCUCGACGAGUGCACCAGCAGCGUCACCCUCGACACGGAGAAGGUCAUGUACGACAACGCCAAGGCCCUCGGUAUCACCCUCAUGACAGUCAGCCAUCGUCGCAGCUUGUGGAAGUACCACAGCCGCAUCCUACAGUUCGACGGCCAGGGCAACUUUGUCUUCACCAAGCUCGACGCCGACCGCCGUCUCAAGCUCGAGGACGAGAAGGAGGACCUCGAAGUUCUGCUACGCCAAGUGCCCGAGAUUGAGCGGCGCAUCGCCGAGUUGACAGCCGCGUAA